AUGAGGUCUGAAAUUGUUGAUUUACCCACUUCCAAUGAAGAUGUUGAGUCAGCGGUUGAAGACACAGAAAGUUUACACGGGGAAUUGGAAAAGCCUGCUCCCACUGAAGAGCGACAGGAUGCUUUUGGAAAUGAAGAAAAUGCCGAAAUCAAGUACAAAGUCUUGAAGUGGUGGCAAGGAGGCCUUCUGAUGGUCGCCGAGACAAUUUCGUUGGGAAUCCUUUCUUUGCCAGCUGCUAUAGCUGGACUCGGUCUGGUUCCAGGACUCAUCAUUCUUAUCGGCCUUGGACUACUUGCCACAUACACAGGUCUAGUGAUUGGACAGUUCAAGUUGAGACAUCCUCAUAUUUCGAGUAUGGCUGAUGCCGGGGAGGUUCUAAUGGGUCCCUUUGGUCGAGAACUAUUUGGAACUGGUCAACUCCUAUUCUUGAUUUUCCUGAUGGCUAGCCACAUCUUGACUUUUACCGUGGCUCUAAAUACGAUCACCGGAUAUGGCACCUGUUCGAUUGUGUUUGGUGUUGUUGGCUUGAUCCUUUCCUUGAUCCUUUCCCUUCCUCGAACUCUUGAAAAGAUGUCUUGGCUAUCACUUGUUUCUUUUAUUAGUAUUUUCAUUGCCGUCGUGGUCACGAUGAUCGCCCUCGGAAUACAAGAUAAUGGUGCCCCCGUCCGUGCAGUCGCGGAAGCCAACUUGGUGACGGGCUUUAUGUCGGCAUGUAACAUCGCGUUCUCAUAUGUCAGUCACAACACUUUCUUUACCUUCAUGGCCGAGUUGAAGGACGCGAGAGAUUUCCCCAAAGCUCUGGCACUUCUGCAAUCCAUUGACAUGACACUGUACAUUGUCGCCGCGGUUGUCAUUUAUCGCUAUACCGGUGCCGAUGUUGCUUCUCCUGCACUUGGCUCCGCUGGACCACUGAUUUCGAAGAUUGCCUACGGAAUUGCGCUCCCUACAAUUGUAAUUGCUGGCGUUAUCAACGGCCAUGUUGCCGCAAAAUCGCUCUACGUCCGUAUGUUUGCUGGCACAGACCGGAUGCACAAGAGAGAUUGGAUCUCCACUGGCUCCUGGGUGGCCAUUGCCUUCGUGCUUUGGGUCAUCGCCUGGGUCAUCGCCGAAGCAAUUCCUGUGUUUAACAAUCUUCUUAGCCUGAUCACCGCUCUGUUUGGCAGCUGGUUUACCUUCGGAUUCACUGGCAUGUUCUGGCUGCACAUGAACAAAGGGCUAUGGUUCUCGUCGCCCAAGAAAAUCAUGUUGACGAUACUCAAUGUCUUUGCUAUCUGUGUUGGCGUCGCUUUGUGUGUUCUCGGUCUCUAUGCUUCAGGAUCAGCUAUCCAUGACAGUACUGGCAGCGCUAGUUUUUCAUGUACUGCUGAUAAUGCCUAA